UAAGCGCUUACUAUGUGCCAAGCACUGUCCUAAGCACGGGAGUAGAUUAGAAGGUAACCGGGUUGCCCCAGGCGGGGCUCCCGGCCUCAAUGCCCAUUUUAGGAGGGCGGGAAGGGAGGCCCGGAAGAGUGAAGCGACUCGAUAACGACGAUAUUUCUUAAGGGCUUACUAAGUGCCCAGCACCGUCGUGGAUAGAAGGUAGCCGGGUGCCGGGGGCAGGAGGGGAGGCCGCCCCCUCCCCGCCCGAGUCGAUGCGUCAGCCUCAGCAGCCUCCUAGGCCUCAUCCCCACGGGUGACUAGGCCCCGCCUGACGUCGCGUCUCUGUUUACCCGGAAGGGAGAGCGGAGUUUCCUCCGAGAGUCGCUCUCGGCCCGACGUCCCCGGUGACUAAGGUCCCGGGGGCCGAGAGGCCGAUACCUCAAAGUCCCUUUGCGGCGGGGAGGGGAGGGGAAGGGAGGGAGGAAUCCGGGGCAACCGGUCGGAGGACCGGCCCCGCCUCCCCAUCCCGAAGCCAUAUAAGUCCCCGCACAUCUGGAGGGCCAGGUCGGCCGCGGCGAGCGAAGACCCGACGGACCCCGCUCCCCGCCCUCCACCCCGGCGGCCCCGCGUCCGGUCGACCCCUUCCCCUCCGGCCGCCCGACGCGGAGGGCCUCGAAGAGGAAGCGCCUGAGGGACGGCGCGAUGGGCUCCAUGGGGCUGCAGGUGAUGGGCGUGGCCCUGGCCGUGCUGGGCUGGCUGGGCGUGAUGCUCUGCUGCGCGCUGCCCAUGUGGAGGGUCUCGGCCUUCAUCGGCAGCAGCAUCGUGACGGCCCAGACCAUCUGGGAGGGGCUGUGGAUGAACUGCGUGGUGCAGAGCACCGGCCAGAUGCAGUGCAAGGUCUACGACUCCAUGCUGGCCCUGCCCCAGGACCUGCAGGCCGCCCGGGCCCUGGUGGUCAUCUGCAUCGUCGUGGCGGCCCUGGCCGUGCUCCUGGCCGUCGUCGGGGGCAAGUGCACCAACUGCGUGGAGGACGAGGCGGCCAAGGCCAAGACCACCAUCGUGGCGGGGGUGGUGUUCCUGCUGGCCGGCGUGCUGGCCAUCAUCCCCGUCUCCUGGACGGCCAACAACAUCAUCCGCGACUUCUACAACCCCACCGUCUCCCAGGGCCAGAAGCGGGAGAUGGGGGCCUCGCUGUACAUCGGCUGGGCGGCCGCCGGGCUCCUGCUCCUGGGCGGGGGCCUGCUCUGCUGCAACUGCCCCCCGCGCCGGGACAAGCCUUACUCCGCCAAGUACUCGGCCGCCCGCUCCGCCCCCACCACCAACUACGUGUAGGGCCCCGCCCUCGCCGCUAGGGGGCCGACGAGCGCCACCGCGCCCCUCUGCGCCUGCGCCGCCUGCGCCCCCCUCCUCCCUCUCCCCACCCGGCCCUGGACGCUAGGGGGCGCGCGCGCGGCCUUCCCUCCCGCUCCGUGUAGGGCCCGGCCCUGGACGCUAGGGGGCGCGCGCGAGACCUCCCCCCUC